AAAUGACUCAAAAAAACCCAACUUGAGAUUAACAUUUGGUUCUAAUAUAAGAGAGAAUAAAGAAGGAGACAAUGAAAGCCAUUUGGUAAGCAGCCUAGCAUGACACCUUUGCCUAAGUGGUGGUGGUGGUGUUGUUUGUUAAGUAAUUUGUUUUUAUUGUUUUUUUUUUGCUAGGAAAUUGCUCUUUUCUUUCUCUUUCUCUGUAGGGUUAUUUGGUAAAUUAAUGGUUAUUGUCAUCUUUUAAUCUCUUCUUUGUUUCUUUGUAUUUGAGUAUUUUUAUUUUCCCAUUUCAUUUUAUCUUUCAAAGGGCCUCUCUCUUCCUCCCAUUGUUUCUUCUGGUGGGGUUUUUUAUAUUUUCUUCUUCUUCUUUCUCUCUUUCUUUUUUUCUUGAGAAAGGAGAGGAGAAUAGCUUCAAAGAUUGCUUUUUUAUUUUUUAUGAUUCCUGUUUUUAUGGUCUAAUCCUUUAUUUUCUUGUUAAGAUUCUCUUUUAGAUCGAUCAAGGUCUUUCAUUUCCACCUGCAAGGACUUCGAAAUAAUUUGUAUUGAAGUGCAUACAAGCCCUAAUGCAAGGGCAAAAGGGUGCUUUUGGUUCCUUCUCUGAAACCUUCUUUGAUCAAGGCUCUACAUCGAGUAAUGCUACUAUAGAGCAGCAGGUGUGCUGGAAUAAUAUUCAAAAUCCCAUAGAAAAUAGAUUUCCUGAUUGUUUGCCGUCGCAUAAUGACAUAAACAUUGGAUAUGUGAACUCCAUUAGUCGAGAGGAGCAAGAGCCAGGCAGAUGGAGCUUAGAAGAGCCUAGCUCUAGCGGCACACAGAAUGAGGUCAAUCAUAAUGAGAGGAAAGUAGACCAUGUAUGGUCGUCUUCCAUGAGUGCUUCUGUGACUGCUGAAAAGAACUCUCCAUUUGUCCAAAAUUCCAAUUCUAAUACAGUAUCCCGGAGUCUCAACUUAAAUGCAGCCAUAGUUGCUCACGGUAAUAACAACUGUCAAGUUAUGGAUCGGUCUAACCUAUAUAAUCCUAGUGGAUCUGAAAGGGAUCUGAUUUCAUCAGCUGCUGGUCCUGAAGGUUUUAGACUCUCUUCUAGAAGUAGUGGAUAUGUUGGGGAUGAUAAUGAUAACAGACCUGGUGAUGGUCGCCGUGCAUCUUGCAAAAGAAAAGCUCUUGAAGGAAACGUUGGGCAGUCCUCUUCGAGUGGAAGUUCUAGCUACUUCCAUUGUGCAGAAAGUAGCGCCGGGCAUGGUGUUUCUGCUAGUUCUAGUGUAGGAAACGGCAUGAAUAUAUCUGCCUCCUCAGGACAGGCACACCCUAGACUUGGUUUAGAGGUGGGAGGAUCAGGUUCUGAUGCCAACCCUGGACCAAUCGUUUUACCAGCUGCAAAGGGCUCCCACAGGAACUUCCGGCUAAGAAUAAGUCCAUCAAGCAUACAGGAACCUAUUGCUCCUCCGGUAUUUUCUACAGGUGAUAUGACCAGGCGGUCUGUUAUUUCGUCUUCACAGCAAUCGUCAAGGCUUCCAACUGAUCAUUCUUUGGACAUAAGGUCAGCACCGGUGCUAGAUAAUGCAAGUCUUCAAAACCCAAAUGUCGCAGUUCAUGUUCCGACUUUGCCUAGAAAUGUACAGUCAUUUAGGUGGAAUGGCGGUUCUGGCUCUAGAACUGGCAAUACAUCAAGUUCUAAUAUAUCUGGGGAUAGAGAUGCUGUACCACAUGAGGGACAUCAAUUGAGAAGCAUGGCUAGGAACCUGUUAGAUCAUCCUAUGUUUGUUCGUGCACCUGAGUUGAGAACUUUGGUUCGGAAUCCAAUGAAUCGAGAUGUAAAUAGUGGAAAUUUAAGUGUUCCUGGAAAUUUUGCUUCUACAUCUCGUGCUGGCUCAAGUUCUGGUGCCAAUGCAUCUUCUGUUCCCACAUGGGCUCCUCAGCCGAAUCACCCUUCUCAAUAUCCGCGGAGAUUGUCGGGACUUGUUCGUCGACAGUUGAUGUCUUCCCUUGGCCCUGAGUCUGGUGGCCCGGGCAAUCAUCCUUCACUUCAAUAUCGUAGGUUAAUGUCAUUGUUGGAGAGACAAGAUGCUGGUUUUCUUGCAGUACCCCAUUCGUUACGAAAUUUAGCUGCUGCCACUGAAGGAAGAAGCAGGCUCGUUGUACCUGAGAUUCGCAAUGUCUUGGAUCUCAUGCGUAGGGGUGAGAACUUGCGUUUUGAGGAUGCUGUGAUCCUCGAUCAAUCAGCAUUUUUUGGGGCACCUGAUAUUCAUGACCGGCAUAGGGAUAUGCGGCUCGAUGUUGAUAACAUGUCAUACGAGGAGUUACUGGCUCUAGAAGAGCGCAUUGGUAACGUAAACACGGGGUUGAGUGAAGAAAUGAUAUCAAACCAGUUGAAGCGACGAAAGUACUCUAGUGUACCAGAAACUCAGUUAGAGACAGAACCAUGCUGUGUUUGUCAGGAAGAAUACAACGACGGUGAAGAUCUCGGAACACUCAAAUGCGGCCAUGACUUUCACGCCGAUUGCAUUAAACAAUGGUUGAUGCACAAAAACUUGUGCCCCAUUUGUAAAACAACAGGACUGAAUAAAUGAGAUGAACCGUUUGGUUUUUUAGGCUGAUUAGUUCUUGCCUUCAAGUCCGACAUCGAAAGAUUGCGGCUUGGCAUUUUUCUUUCAGAACUCUUCCUUAUAAAGCAAUGUUCUUGGUGGAUGAUGACACAAAAGUUUGAAGCACUGGGAAUAUAAACCUACAUUUCCUUCAUCUUUAGUUUUUAAUCAUUGCAGUAUUAGAGUUUUCUUUUUUUAUGUAUGGAUCCUCAGCCCAUUGGCGACAUAAAUUAUUGAAUCUCUCUUUACAUUUUGAAGUAA